AUGACUGGAAUCAUCAAGCAACAUGCGCUUAAAGCGCUUAGUAGUCGCAAGAUUGACGGCACAGGCUUGCGCGUGGCCAUUGUACACACGAAAUGGAACGCUACAAUUGUGGAUUCACUUGUUGCAGCCGCCAAAUCGGAGCUGUUACGUGCAGGAGUGACCGAAAGUGACAUUGUGAUUGUUGAUGUACCAGGCGCUUACGAAUUGCCAUACGCUGCCAGUCGCCUCAUCGCGUCGCAAAAACUAGAUGCCGUCAUUUGUGUGGGAACGCUUAUUAAAGGGGACACAAUGCACUUCGAGUAUAUUUGUGAGGCCGUUUCGCAAGGCAUCAUGCGUGUGCAGCUAGAAUCGGGCGUACCCGUGCUUUUUGGUGUUCUUACAGUACUUAAUGAACAGCAAGCCAAGGAUCGCGCAGGCUUUUCGGAUAAUGGACAUAACCAUGGAACCGAGUGGGCGCAGAGUGCCAUCGAAAUGGGUCAUCUGCGCAAAGCUACUUCAAAUAUUGGCUGUCCCAUGCUUCCCUAUGAACGGCCCCCUUACAACAUUUUGAGCAGCAAUCUUUUUUGUACGGGAUGUCACAUCGUCACUAUUGGAGUACUCAGCAUUAUCGCUAUGACGAUUGCAAAGAAGCUUACGUAG